GGGUGUGCUCUCCUCACUGAAAAUGUGUUCAGGUGCAACUCACCCACAGAGGGGGAAAGUUCUCAAGUCGUUCCAAUGGAUUACAUCUAAUCUAAAAUGAAGAUUAUUUCACAAAAACGGACCCUAGUGAAACAAAGAUUCAGAAUCUAGAAAUCGUCAUCCAAAGAUCUUCUGAUGACUCGUCUUUUCUCCGCUUUCUCACGUACCCUUCCUCAUUCUUAAGCCAGACUCCUAAUCCCUCCACCUAUGGGCUAAAAACGACCUCCCUCUUCUCUCUUUGUGCUCCUUCUGCUCACCUUCUGCUCCUUCUCUCCUGUCCUGCUUUGUCAUGUCCGUAUCCACGAGGAACCCACCCCAUCGCCGGCGCUCCUUGGGUCCCGUCUCGCCCAAGCGGAUCUAUAGAAAUCUGUCGUGCCGGCUAAGGGGAGGGGAGUCGUCUGUCGGCAGGGGAGCAGGCGCACCCAAACACCUCGGCAAGUCUGCAGAUGCUUACAAGACCUUGUGGGACGCGGUGGAGAAUGAAGACACGCUGGCUGUUCAAACUCUGCUGUCCAGAGACCACAAGAACUGCAGAGGAGGAGGUGGAGGAGGUGGCGGCCUGUGGGAGAGAGGAGAAAAGAAGGACAGAGACUGGGAGAAAGAAAGGGAGAAGGGGGUUAACAGGGUGAGCGAGCAGGGUCUGGUCCCGCUGGAUGUGGCUGCACUCACCCACAAUUCCCCUCUGCUCCACGUGCUGACAAAGGCGGGAGCCAGACAUAACCCCGUUUUGUGCAGACCGGCAGACUGGGCGCUGAAGCUCGACGAUCUGGUGGCGCUGGCGAAGAAAAGGGUGGAGGAGAGGAAACAGGAGUUACCGAGGAAGGCCGGGGCCGGGUCUCACGCGCAGGCUGACGUUCAAAGGCAGAUCCGGCUUUGGAGUCUCAGGCUGCAACUGUACUGCCGGAUGAAGGAGAACUUCCACAAAACAGAACUGCCAGGAUGUCCCUGCCACGUAUCCAUACUGGUGACCAGCACGUCUUCCCUCCUGGUGGCAAUCAAAGAGCCAGACGGCGACUGUGGAGGACUCAUCACCUGCUACAAAGUGGAAUGGAGCACCUCAGCUAGCUUCAAGCGCAUCCUUGGCUCAGCUCAAGUCGCAGAGACCAAGAAUCCUUCCUAUAGCAUCAGGGGACUCACAGCUGGAGAGCAUUACUACGUCAGGGUGAGCGCCUACAACGUGAAAGGAUGGGGCCCGCCGCAAUGCUCGACUCCCGCCAGCGCCGCCCCCUCCAGCUGGAGGGAGUGCAGCGGUGUCAAGUCGCAAUACAGAAAUCACGAGGCUUUAGUCAGGAAGCUCCUGGAGGACGGCGGAGAGACACAUCGAGGAGGAUACUGUCGAGAGCGCCCCAAAGCCCAGACCCCCAGCAAGCGUCUGUCUGUGUCUCGGGGCAUCAAACAUCUGUUCCAGUCUGCUACCAAGUUUGUUCGUCUCCUACAGAGGGGCGUGUACUUGGCAACUGUCUUCUACCACAAGGAAAUCAUCCUGGUGACGGCCGAAGAUCAACUCCCACUGGUGGAGAUCCAGUGCUGCUCAACCUCGCUCAUCCACAACUUUGUUUGGUUUGCAAAGUUGUCCUGUGCGUGGCAGGAAGUGCCCCGGCUCCAGCAAGCGCUCGCCUCUGCUCAUUCAUCUCCCUCGUCGCUCCUCCAGAACAGACACAAUAUUUUAAGAGCCGUCUCCCAGCUGCAGUCAUCGUUGGGGACAAUGGACCUCGGCCAGGUUCACUAUGAGCCGCUCAAAGACCGACAGGGGAACAUUUUACUCGUGACGCUGAAGGAGUUCCCAGACCUUCCCAACCACCCGGAGCCUCCUCUACAGUGGAUGCCUUUGGCCCGCCUGGAGAAGAACCGCAGUAGAAUUCCUCUGCUGCCUGAACCCACCGCCAUGGACAUGCUCUACGAACAGCUCAGGGAGAAGCUGGCCUACCACAGACACAGCAAUCAGUGGGCCCAGCCGGGUCUGUACGUGGGCAUCCUGAAGUUAUGGAGCUCGGUGGAACAGAUAAGGGUUCUGGUGCCUCGACGGCUGCCCAAUCUACUCUGCCACACACGGGUCAGACAUAAUGCCCACGUCAGCAGAGAAGAGUGGGCGUGGCUCCAGAGUAACGUCUAUGCCACAUCCGGAGACACCGUUCCGAACUUCCUGAGCAGCAAGGAUGACUACUUGAUGGAAAAUAGCAGCUUGGUGGAGUUUAUCAGGUCUCUCAGAGCGGCGGUCUCACAUCUCCUGACAAAGCUCAACAUCCCCCUCUACAGGGCCUAUCAGUACGGGGUGUAUACCAGGGAGCUUCUGCAGUUGGGAGAGAAAGUGUCCAUGCUGCUGCUGCUUCCUCCCAGUGAAGACUUCAGCUCCAGCUACUGGCCUCUGGUAGGAACCAAGGAGCCUGGCCUCACCAUGCCCCUGCAGAUCUUCGAGCUGGUUCACCUCUGGACGUACGAACGGGACUUCCUGUCCCUGUACUGCCAGGCCUGGGUGAGGCAGGAGCUGGAUACUCACCUGGCCCAGCAGGCUCUGCGGGAGGCGCUGGACGCAAAGGAAGUGCAAGCGGCCCGCGAGCGUCUGAACCGUGUCACUGAUCUUUCUCAUCGUCUGGAUGUGGUGUGGAGGGAUGCCCGCUGGAUUAUGGACUGUCUGCAGUGCGUUAGGUCCAGGCAGUGGGUGGGGGCAGUGCCUCUGGGCUUGGUGAUGGGUGGAGACCCGCCGCCCCGCCCCGAGGGGGAGGAAGAGGAAGAAAGUUUGACAGCCAGACUGACAUGGCCCCAUCGACUGCAGUCGCUGAGGACCACCACAGACAGCUCAGUUGGAAUGCCUCCGGCUAACGUCGUCACAGCGGAGGUGUCCUCUCCAGCAGGAAGCGUAGCCGUUGCCGAGGAAGCCACACUGGUAUUAAUGGAAGGCGUUGCAAAGGGCGGGUACCCUGUAGACAUCAGCACCCAAUCAACUAUGGAUUUGACAAGCAUUGCACAAUCAGAACUAGGAUGUGCGAGCACUUUAUUAAUAGAGUCUGGACUCGAACCUGCUGCUGUUGCACAGUUGGAAGCGGGCUUCCCAGCGUUGGCUGCACCGGAGUCUGAUAGCGGGCCGCAGGACUUCCCCUCGAGCAUCACCGAGGUCAUCCGGCCAAUGGAGAUGGCAGAGUUGGUGCAUAUUUUGCCCACACUCAGUCUUAUUGAAGAGGAGACCCCCAGUGAUCCUUCAGCACCGUCGGUGAUGGAUAUGCUCCAAAGCUUUGGACUUGGUAUCGGGGAAAAGGACAGCUUCUUUGACUCGGAGCAAACACACUUGGUGCAUGGAACUGGCAGCACCAUCCAGACAAACUACAACGACAAAGACACGGACAUUAGAGUUCCAGUAGAACAAGACAUGUCUGCUUCACACUCCAAGAUGGAACACGCUCCGAAGGAUGCAUCUCCGCAGGUUCCCAACGGGGGACAGUGUCUUCCAGUGAGGAACCAGGCCGAGUGGGACAGAUCACUUAACAGCUCAUCCUGAUCCUGAUGGUUCAGCUGCAGGACAGCUCAUAACGACUCCAAUGUAGAAACUAUGAAUUCAAAUGGGUUUGUAGUCAAUAAAACUUGUGCUAUGAUACAUAUAUUGUA